UUUGCAGCAUACGACGAUAUCCAUAAGUGAACGUCUACUAUAUAAGCCCAAAACGGCAGUCGAAAAGACACAUCAUUCGAUCAGUCGGCUCUUCGAACACACAGAGCACUUUACCAACAAGCCGCCUCCACAGCCAAACACAUCGCUCGACAUCACUCGACGAACACACUCGAAAUCAACACUCGUCACAGACCUUCAACAACGACAACAACAACAUGUUCAAGUACACGGUCGUGAUCGCAGCGGUGGUCGUUGUAUCGGCGUCUCUGGCCAACUCCGUGCCGGCCAACUCUUCCCCGACAUCGGCCAACCUAUUCGACCCGAUGAUCGGCGCGGCCACAGCCGCACACAAGAACAAGCACGUCAAACCGGACCACCACCAGCCGAUGUUCGCGCCCGAACCGUAUAACGGACAGCGCAACAACCGCGGCGGCGGCGGCGGCAGCAGCGUAUUGGAGUCCGGCCUGUCCGCCCUGCUCGAGGCGAUCAGCAUCCCGAAGAAGAUCAUCGGCAGCGUGAUCGGAAGCGUGGUCGAUCUUCUCAAGUCCGUCGACCUGAAAAAACUCAUCAAGAUCGCCCUGAUCGGCGGCGCGGUGAUCGUGUUGGGCGCAGUGGCCGCGGCCGGCGUCGCCGGUGUCGCCGCCGUCGUGGCCGCCGUGAGCGCGGCGAUCCCGUACAUCCGGUUCUUCUUCGGCGGCCACAAGGGCGAGGCUUCCGAUUCCGAGAUGGACCUCAUCAGUGACUUCGUUUUGAGCGCCUUCAACAAGUACGACAGUCUGCACAAGGCAGAGUGACGCCACCCGUAAUGCUAUAUUAUUGUUUUAUAUAAUU